AUGAGCAACUCAAAGGUCUCCAACUCUGGCGUGGCCGCGCUCCUGGAGAAAGUGAUGCAAGAAUUGACCGCUGACACUCUUGACGACACCCUCGAGAAACUGCGCUUCUUCUUCCCCGAGACUCUCCUCCUCGGCGCCCUCGACCUCAUAGAUCGCGACAGUGUCAUCGUGUACAACACACCAUGGGGUCGCUCACAAUACGAGGUUCUAGGGUCGACCGCGACAUACGCUGUCUUUCCAGGCCUGCCGUCCGGAGGCGGCCACACGCUGGCUUACUGCACCUGCCCCGCAUACGCAUAUUCCGUGCUGCUCUCGGAGACCCAGCUCAUGUGCAAACACGUUCUGGCCACUCUGCUGGCUCGCCGUCUCGAACGGUGUGUCGAGAGGCCGAUCGACGCAGAUGAGCUCGCGUCGGUCAUCGCCCGUCAGUGUAGCCUUUGA